AUGGAACAACCAAUCUUAUCAAAAUAUUUACAAAAAUAUAUAGUUGAUAUUAUAAUAUCAAAUAUAAAUAAAGAAAAAAAACAAUUAUCAAAAAUCGUAUUAAGAAUAUUUUUAAAAAAUGAACCAUUAUCAGAUAUUGUUCAAUUACAAAAUGAUUUUAAAGGUUUAGAGAAAGUUUGUUGGUAUUGGUUUGAAUUGGUUCGUAAUGGAUCAAAUAUUAUAUCAUAUGCACAAUUAAAUAAUAAUGGUAAUGAAGAUAGUAAAUAUUCAAUCAUUAAAAAAGAAAAUAUUAAAUACCUUUAUAUAAGUAGAGAUUUUUUUUAUGAAGAUAUGGAUGAAGAUUAUAAUGGUAAUGGUAAUGAUAAUGAAGAACAGGAAGAUGAAGAUGAAGAAAUAGAAGAAGAUGAAGAUGAAGAAGAAAUGGAAGAUGAAGAUGAAGAUUAUGAAGAAAUGGAAGAAGAUGAAGAAGAAAUGGAACAUUAUAAUGAUAAUCAUGAAGAAGGUAAUGCCGAUCCUAUGAUAAAACCAGUGAUAUUGAGAAUCAAACAUUCAAUUUCAAAAUAUCCAAAUUUAAAAAGAAUAAUUAUAAACUUAAGUAGAGAUCAUAUAUAUCAAGUUUUAAAUGGUUUAAAAAAAGGAGACUUUGAUAAUAAAGGAUCACAAACAAUAUCAAAAGCAAUAACUGAAACAGAAACUAAAACACAACCACCAUCACCAAGAAAAAUUAAAAUUUCAACUCCUUCUUUAGAUUAUACAAAAAUAGUUUUAUCAAAUAGUAAUUUAAUUGUUGAUAAAGUUUUGUCUUUAAAUGUUGUACCUGAUUCACCUGAGGAAGUUCAAUCGGUAAAUUUAAUACCAUUUUUACAAAAUUUGAAACAAGCAAAAAGUUUAUCUUUUAGUGGUAACUUAUUUCAAUUAUUAUUAAAGCAAAUUUAUAAUAAUCCAACUACAAAUAAACAAAAAGAACUAUCAACAACAACAACAGCUACUACCAAUGCCACCACAACAUCAAAUUCAAAUAGUAAUUAUAAUAGUAUUAUUAAAUGUUUAUCAAAUGUUGAAAAUUAUAUUUUUUUGGACUCACCAAUUACAAUUGAACAGCUAUAUUAUUUAUUUUUAUUAUCUCCAAAAAUAAAACUGUUACUAAUUGAAAUUUGUUAUGAUAAUUUAAUAUAUCAAUUAGAAACAAAUAGUGAUGAACCUUUAGUUACCCCACCAACACCAUGUAAAUAUUGUUCAUCAAAUUAUAAUCAAUUUUUACAAGCAUCAGCAGAAUUUAGAAUUCAAUGGGAAUUUAUUUAUAAUACUAUUAGAUAUAGUAAAAAAUUAACGAGUUUAAAUCUUGUACACAAAUGUCCAUCAAAUAGUAAUUUAGAAGAAGCUACUUUUGGUAGCCCAAUUGGUGAAUAUCAAACUUUAGAAUUAUUACCAAAAUAUACAAUUGAAACUUUAGGUUCAAUGAUCAGAAAUAAUAAAUCAAUAGAAAUGUUAAAAAUUGAUUCAUUUCAUACAUCUCAAUUAUUAGAAUACAUUUAUAAUGAUAGUGAUGAUACCUCAAAUUCGAAUAAUAAUAAAAAUACUACAAUUACACAAAUUUGUUCAUCAUUUAGAAUUUUAAAUCCAUUAAUAGAAACAGUUAGAUCAAGUUUUCUUAAAAUUGCAAAUGAAAUAGUUUCAAAAAAUGAUCAAAUUCAAGAUAUAAUUUUAAAUGAACUUGAUGGAAAUUAUGAAUUUUAUAAAAAUAUUUUUAGUUUUGAUUUCACCAAAAAUAGUAUUAAAAAGAAAUAA